CUGGCCCUGCAGUCGCUGCCUUAACCCGGCACCAGAGCGCUGAGCUGUGGGGCUGAUCCAGAGAGUGCGUACAACUGGUUCCUAGCUCCGGAGCUAGCUGCCCCGUCAUCCUCUCCCUGAUGAUGCUGCCACCGAGCCUGUCCUGGCUGGGCCCGUCCCCGUGGCCGCUGCUGCUGCUGGUCGGGGCCUCCUGGCUGCUGUUCCGAGCCCUGUCCUGGGCCUGGGCCUUCCAGGACACGUGCCGGCGCCUGCGCUGCUUCCCGCAGCCCCCCAGAAGGAGCUGGUUCUGGGGGCACCUGGGCCUGAUCCAGAACUCGGAGCAGGGCCUGGAGUACUCGCAGGGUCUGGCCCGCACCUACCGGGAUGCCUGCUUGUGGUGGGUCGGGCCCUGUCAACCGGUCAUCCGCCUCUUCCACCCCAGCUGCAUCAAGCCGCUGCUCUUCGCUCCAGCCGAGGUCGCCCCCAAGGACCUGCUGUUCUACGGCUUCCUGAAGCCCUGGCUGGGGGACGGGUUACUGCUGAGCAAAGGGGACAAGUGGAGCCACCACCGCCGCCUGCUGACGCCUGCCUUCCACUUCAACAUCCUGCGGCCCUACGUGAGGGUCUUCAACCAGAGCACAGACAGGAUGCACGCCAAGUGGAGGCGCCUGGCAGAGGGGGGCAGUGCCCACCUGGACAUGUUCGAGCACAUGAGCCUCAUGACCCUGGACAGUCUGCAGAAAUGCGUCUUCGGGUUCGACAGUGACUGCCAGGAGAGACCCAGCGAGUACAUUGCGGCCAUCCUGGAGCUCAGCGCCCUGGUGGCCAAGAGGCACCAGCAGGUCCUGCUGCACUGGGACUCCCUGUACCACCUCACGGCCGACGGGCAGCGCUUCCGCCGGGCCUGCCGCCUGGUGCACGCCUUCACUGAUGCCGUGGUCCGAGAGCGCCGCCGCAGCCUCCCGGCCCAGGGUCUGGACGAGCUGCUCAGAGCCAAGGCCAAGGCCAAGAUGCUUGACUUCAUCGACGUGCUGCUGCUGGCCAGGGACGAGGACGGGCAGCAGCUGUCGGAUGAGGACGUCAGGGCUGAGGCCGACACCUUCAUGUUUGAGGGACAUGACACCACGGCCAGCGGCCUCUCCUGGGUCCUGUUCAACCUGGCCCAGCACCCGGAGCACCAGGAGCGCUGCCGGGAAGAAGUGGAGGCUCUGCUUCGGGGUCGGGCGGCCCAGGAGGUGGAGUGGGACGACCUAGCCCAGCUGCCCUUCCUGACCAUGUGCAUCAAAGAGAGUCUCCGGCUACACCCGCCUGUCACCGGCGUCUCCCGCUGCUGCACCCAGGACCUGCAGCUCCCAGAUGGCCGUGUCCUCCCCAAAGGUGUCAUCUGCCUCAUCAGCAUUUUCGGGAUCCACCACAACCCAUCCGUGUGGCCAAAACCUGAGGUGUAUGACCCGUACCGCUUUGAGGCUGAGAAAGCCAAGGAAAGGUCCCCACUGGCCUACAUCCCCUUCUCCGCUGGGCCCAGGAACUGCAUCGGGCAGACCUUCGCCCUGGCCGAGAUGAAGGUGGUCCUGGCGCUGACGCUGCUGCGCUUCCGUGUGCGGCCUGGGGAGCAGGAGCCUCUCCGCAAGCCCGAGCUCAUCCUGCGGGCUGAGGGUGGCCUCUGGCUAAGGCUGGAGCCGCUGAUCCGUGAUGACCCGUGAUGACCCGCCGACC